GUCCUAGUAAGUUUUCAUUUGCUCAAGUGUUUAGAUUUAAUCCUAGAAUAAAUCUGGCACAGGGGAAUAUUCUCCAAGAUGGCGACCACCAUGAAAGACAGUGAUGCCCAGGUCACAUUUGAAGACCAGCAAAAGAUUAAUGUCUUUGCUCGAACCAAUGCUCGUCUUACAGAUUCAAAGGAAGAACUAGCAGCAAAAGAGAAAGAGCUUCAAAACCUCACGGAUGCAGAAGAUGAGUUGAUGAUGGCAGAAGGGGACGAGUGUGUACCAUAUCAAAUUGGCGAAGUGCUGGUGGAGAUGACGAUGGAGGAGGCCCAGGCAGAGCUGGAGAAGGCCAAGGAGCUGUGCCAGCAGGAAAUAGACGGCCUCAAGGCCAAGGCAGAAGGCUUCAAGGACACCUUGAGUGAGCUGAAGACUGCCCUCUACGCCAAGUUUGGCAACAACAUCAACCUAGACAUGGAGGAGGAGAGUUAAAAGUACUUAGCUGUAUUUAUAUAUAUAUAUAUUGUGUGUGUGUGCGUGUGUGUGUAUGUAUCUCUUAGGCUUUGUGAUUCAUUUUGCUUUGCAAAUUUUAUACUGUGUGUUUGGUCUUGUGUGUGUCAAUUUGAUGUGUGAAUGCAGAAUGGCAGAAUGAUAUGCAGGCUGAGGCAUUAUCUCUUUAUCAGCAGAGUGCAACUGGUUUGAAAUUAAGUCGUGGUGACUUUUAUAUGACGCCGAAUUAAAAACAAUAGCAAUAGAUAAACUUGAAACCUGUUAUGAACUUCUCAUUUACAGUUCCUGCUUUAGAGUUAUGCUAUUAUUAUUAUACAUAUAUAUGGGUUUUUCAAUGGUGUGUGUAUGUAAGUAGUGCGACAUGGGGAGGGUAUGGAAAGAGAGGGAGAGAUGGAGUUUCUUGUUUAAUCUUCGACUAGAGGGCACUACAAUUUUAAAAUCAUUAACACUAGCAAUACUUUUUAUAUGUAUGACCAAUUUCAGGUAUUCCCUUUUCCUUAUAUCUCUGUGCUGAUUUACUAUAAGUAUUAGAUUAAGAAAUAUGUCGGAGAUGUCAGGAUGGUAAUUGAGUCAAUGCAUUGGAAGGUCUAUGUGAGACUUGUCUUUGUGUUAUGUACACUGAACAUACUGCCAGAGGGGCUCGCUGAUAUUCUGCCUUGUCAUGUGCAGACAAAUGAAUAAAUUUUCACAUUUCUUUGCAAUGAUGA